AUUAUAAAAACACUUAAGGUACUACGGGAUUUGGAUAUAUCACUGGAUAUUCUAGUGGAAACAGGCAUAGGCAAAACAGUUAACAGUUUUAAGAAACAUGCCAUUGCUGGAAAUGUAGCUAAAACCCUGGUAAAACAAUGGAAAAAACUUAUUCCUCCAGAAAGUAAAAGUGGUCACAGAGGAAGAAAACAAAAUACUGAAAAAGAAAAAGAUAAGACAAAAUCUUCUGUUUCCAAGGAGAUUAAGCCUUCAGAGAAGUCCAAAGCAUCUGUACUGGCCUCCAGAAGUUCCAAUAGUGCUCCUAUUUCUAAGAAGUUGAAUAAGCAGAAUAUUUGUAGUAAAAAGGCCCACCAAAGUAGAGAUUCUGAGUCUCAAAAAGAAUGUGGUGAUAAUAAAGAAUGUAGCAGCAGUGGUUCUAAGCAUGCUUCCCAGGGUACCAAUCCUCAAACUAAAGAAAGUGACUUCAGAGAGGGAACCUCCACAGACAGCAAGAAAGUUUCAGGAAAGCAGCAUGCCUCUGUAGCCAAUGAAGACUUACCACCCCUGAAGGAAAAGCCUAGUGAGGAUGCUUCCAAGCAGAAAAAUCCUAAGCAUGUGAAGAAACCAAAACAAAAACUUGUCAUAAAAAGCAAAGCUGAAUUAUCUAGUGAUGAAGAAUUUGAGCCCCCUACUAUGUCUUUUGAAUCUUAUCUUAACUAUGAUCAGGUUAACAGAAAAAGAAAAAGGAAGGCUUGUUGUGCAGGUGAACAGACAAAGAAGUGCAGUGAACAGAACAGCUCGUUACCACAGAAGACUUCAACAUUUUCUCAUGCAAAAGAGCAAGAAGAAGAUGUAAAAAAAUGUGAGGAUGAUCAAUCAGAAACUCCCAAUAAAAAGGCCAAGAUGGCAUCCCUCCAAGAUCUUCUUAAUACGCCACUGCCUAAAUUUCUGACAGGCAUCUCAAUCUCAUCUCCCCCAUAUGCUGCAGACUUUAAAGCUUCCCAUGUGCCUAUUGUAGAAGCACCCCAGGAAGUCAGUGAGACGGUUCAAUUCACAGGACGGAGACUGAACUCUAAAAUGCAAGUUUACUCUGGCUCUAAACCAGUCUGUCUUUCAAAGAUGCUUACGCUGUAUGAACAGUGCAUCCGCGUGCUUCAAAAUAAUAUUGAUUCACUACAUGAAGUAGGAGGUGUGCCCUUUGAAAUUCUUGAGCCUGUGCUAACACGUUGCACACCAGAGCAGUUGUUUCGAAUAGAGGAAUGUAAUCCGAUGUUUACGGAAGAGUCUGACCAUUUGUGGAAGAAACACUGCCAGAGAGAUUUUAAAAAUGAGAGCCUCCUAGAAUAUGAGUCUUGGCGUGAAAUGUACUUGAGACUGUUCAAUCAGAGAGAGGAAAAACUGAAGAUGCUUACAAAAAAUAUUCUUUCAGCUCAGUCUGAGAAACCAAAAGGCAGGCAAGUAAAAAUGGCUUACAUGACCAGUGCAGCAAAACCACCCAGGAACGUUCGCCGACAUCAAGAAAUCCAUGGGACAGCAGGACCUGUCACCCAACUUCAUCCCAUAGAGAAGUGCAAGACGAAGAUUCCAGAAAGCAGAGACAGAAAUAACACAUCAAAUCUGAUCCCUGCUAGCAACAGUGGAAGCUCUAGCUCAAGCGUAAUGACUCAAGAUGGAAAGAAGCCCAUCAGAAAAAUUGCACCAAUCAUGAGGAAAACUUUGAAAGCAUUGAAGAGUAGAGCUGGACGACGGUAA